AUGCCGGUCAAGGUAAAAUGGAAAACCGUUUGUGCGGCAGUAUUGGUGUUGGCCGUCCAACUGGCCACCGGCAUGUUCGUACAGAGACACUGCAAUCAUUUGUAUCCCAAGCCAGACGAGGUAAUACAUGGAGUGCAUAUUGAAUCACCUCACAUAAUGAGAAAAAGAAGUGUGAAUCAGCCGCUGCGAAUUCUUCUCUAUUACGACGAGAGUGUGUAUAGACUUACCGAAGAGAAAUUUCAGCUAAUAAAUAAUACCAUACUACCGGAAGCUGUGCGUUUUUGGGAACAAGCACUCAUGGUUCGCAAAACCGAAAACGUUAUUCGACUCAACCGAAAAUGUGUAAACAAUCAAGUUUUUUAUCGAAAAGGAGAUCCUCAUCCAUACUGCAAGAACGCAUGUGAAGACCGAACAAUGUGUGGCGAAGUACAAGUUCCCGAAGAUCAUUUGGAGGCAUGUAAAACGUGCAACGCGUCGGGCAUGGACUGCGGCACGGAAACGUCUAAAUCAGGCGUGGGCAUCGAAGGAGCUGACUUCGUGUUCUACGUGAGCGCAAUGGAGACGGAACGGUGCCACAAGGGUCUGACAGUGGCUUACGCGGCCCACUGUCAGCAGGAGUCGGCACUGGACCGGCCGAUUGCCGGGCACGCCAACUUGUGCCCGGAGAGUAUCAGCACCAAGCCGCAGGAGCUCGAGGUGCUCCUGUCUACGGUCAAGCACGAAAUAUUGCACGCGCUCGGUUUCUCCGUGAGCCUGUUCGCAUUUUACCGGGACGCCAACGGGUAUCCGCUGACCGCCAGGGAAGACAAUGGCAAGCCCAGGCUCAACGAGAAACUUCAAGCAAGGCAGUGGAGUGAUAAAGUAAUCAAGACGGUGGUAAGACGCAAUUGGACAGUACAUGGUGGCGUGGUCGACAAAGAAGUUCAAAUGAUGGUAACGCCUCGAGUGGUAGAAGAAGUUAGAAAACAUUUCAACUGCUCCUAUUUAGAAGGGGCUGAACUAGAAGACCAAGGGGAAGAUGGUACGGCUCUCACGCAUUGGGAAAAAAGAAUUUUUGAGAAUGAAGCGAUGACGGGUACUCACACACAGAAUCCAGUUUAUUCGCGAUUAACACUAGCACUGAUGGAAGAUACUGGAUGGUAUAAGGCUAAUUAUUCAUUAGCUCAAGAUCUCAGCUGGGGCAAAAACUUGGGCUGCGAUUUCGUAACAAAAAGCUGUAAACAAUGGAUGGACAUGAAACGUGCCAAAGGACAAUCUAUCCAUCCGUUUUGUAAUAAAGUGAAAAGAGAUCCUCUGGAAACAGAGUGUACGGAUGAUCGUAGCUCUGUAGCCCUAUGCAAUCUAGUCGAACACGUACAGCCCUUACCAAACUUCUACCAGAACUUCGAUUACAUCCCACACGUAACAUCUGGUCGUGAAGCAUAUUAUGGAGGAUCCGUAAGUCUUGCGGAUUACUGUCCUUACAUUCAAGAGUUUAUAUGGAGGUCGAAAAGUGUGGUAAUAAGAGGAUCACAUUGUCAGUAUCCCGAAAAUAAUCCACAUCCAGAUAAAAACUUUGCAUUAGAAGUAUACGGAGACAAUUCUAAAUGUUUCGACCAUACUAAUCAGAUGUGGGAAGAACAAACGUGCAAACAAGUCAGACAAUGGCAACACUGGGGCUCUGGAUGUUACGAAUAUAGCUGUCAAAACGGAAGACUUCAUAUUGUUGUGUCCAACCACACGUACACGUGCUACUUCCCGGGCCAGGAAUUGGUCAUCCGGCUGGUGGCCAACGGUUGGCUGCACAAGGGCGUCAUCGUGUGUCCGGCGUGCGAGGAGCUGUGCGGCGGCGGGUCGGACGACAACAAGUGCAAGCCACCGUCGGACGUGCCACUCACCGUACCGUAUCACCGCGAACAGCUAGCGUGCGGCGGCACGGCCACAGUCUCCGUCACGGCCGCAGCCGCGGUCACCACGCGUACAAUGUUCCACUGUAAACAUCGAUCGCAGUGGCGUCCUCGGAUUGGAGGUAUGCCUACAACGUUUUCGUAA